AUGAUACAAUGCGGUGAAGAUGAGAAAUAUAAACAAUUCAAGACUGAAUACGAUAAAUUGAAGGAUGCUAAAACAAUGAGACCCACCAAAAAAUAUCUAGAGAAUCUGUUGAUAUUUCCUGAUGUUAUGUGGGACAAUGGUAAAGCGAAAGUGGUGAUAGCAUGUAUAGAUAAUGGUUAUGAUUGUACACGCAGUGAACAGUAUACACUUGAUGAUGCCUAUACAAUGAGAGACAAGAUACACAGCGCUUUUGGUAAUUUGAUGGUAGAGUGCAAUCCAGGUGAAAAAGGGUUAAAGAAUAACAUUAUGGAGUUCUACGUGAAUGACAAGGUGACUGAAGAUGAUUUAAAGGCAACAAUAAAAGAACUAAAAAAGCAGGCAGUAAUAUCAAAAGCAGAGGGAUAUUCCUUGGAUCAUUUGCUGUAUGAAGAAGCAAUAAAGAUAACAACCAAAAUUGGAAGUGACUGCAAGUUAAAAGGUGAAGAAAGGUUAGAAAAAUUGAAAAAGCAUGUCCAGAAACUACCAUAUGCUUCACAUUUUACAUGCGGAGAAGGUAUGGAUGUUACCACUGCUUACACAUAUUUUGUAUUUACAAUCGGAAAUGAACAGAUGAAGUCUGAAAUAAUUAAGGUAACAAGAAAAAAGAAUGAAGAACAAAUAAUACAAGACCUGGAAGAAUAUGUGGUAGAAAUACCCAAAGAAAUAACAGAGGUAAGGAAAGAAAAAGAAAGAAAAGACGAAGCAAGAAAGCAAAAGAAGGCGAAGAAAGAAAGCAAAAGAAAGCAAAGAAAGAAAAAGCAAAUGUGGAAGAAUCAAAGCAGGACACCACAAAGCAAGUCACAGUAA